AUGAGUCGCGGAGGACGAGGCUUCGGUGGUCGUGGCGGCGGCGCUCCCCGUGGAGGAGGUAGAGGAGGCUUUCAGCAGCGGGACUUCGGUCCUCCAGACCAGGUCUUGGAAAUGGGCACAUUCAUUCACGCAGUGGAAGACGAGAUGCUGUGUUCCUCGCUAAUGACCGACAAAGUCCCAUAUUUCAAUGCCCCAAUAUACUUGCAAAAUAAAUCACAGAUUGGCAAAGUGGAUGAGAUUCUUGGCCCUAUUAACGAAGUCUAUUUUUCGAUCAAAAUGGGAGAGGGGAUGGUUGCAAGCAGUUUCAAGAAGGGCGACAAAGUCUACAUUGGUGGAGAUAAACUUUUGCCAAUCGAACGAUUCCUACCUAAACCCAAAGUUGCCGGUGAACGUGGCCGUGGUGGACGAGGUGGACCUCCUGGUCGCGGUGGAGGGCGUGGAGCUCCCGGUGGACGGGGAGGAUUUUCGCGUGGAGGUGGAAGGGGUGGUCCAAGAGGUGGCGGACGAGGAGGAUUUGACGGUGGUCGUGGGCGCGGCGGAGGGGGAGGAUUUGGGGGUCGUGGGGGAGGCCGUGGAGGUAGUGGGUUUGGAGGACGCGGGGGAGGACGGGGAGGAGGUUUUCGAGGAUCAUGA